UUAAGAUAUAAUUACAACUUGUAUGAUAAUUAGUUUAAACUAAUCAAUGAGCAAAUUUUAUUACUAUUUCUGUGAUCACCGUUAAUUCAAAGAGUUAAUUGUUGACUAAUUUGGACAGUUAAUCAUGAUCGGUGGGGCCUUUGCAUUGAAACGUAAACGUAAACGUGAAUCCUUAUUGUUAGCUGGAAAUAAAACUAAUCAAGAUCAAAAUGUUAACAAUUUUCACCCUGGAAUAUUAUCAUUUGGAUCAGCAAUUAGUGAACAGCAAAAUCAACAGCAAUUAGCUAAUCAUCUAAAUGGUUAUUAUUCUAAUAACUAUCAUCAUCAUAUUAAUUGUCAUCCCUAUGAAUCAACUGGAAUCAUUUACUAUGAUAAUCGAGGUGUUGAUUCAGCUAAAUAUCGGGAGAUGAAAAAAUUAAAUCAACAAUCAACUGGAUUAACAGUAAUUGCGAUUUUUAUAAUUGGUAUUGGAUUAAUUAUCCUCUUAAUUAGUGCAAUCCUUUCAGGAUCAGUGACAACACCAAUCACUACCCUUGGAUUAAUUUUCACAUCAAUUGGUCUGUUAAUUGUUACAAUUAAAUGUCUAACCUCUUAUUUUAUUGAUAAAUCUAAUCGUUUCUUUCAUCAACAUGAUAAUUUAAUUAAAUCAACUGAAGAAUCAACAAUUUGUAAAUCAACAUCAUCACCAUCUUGGAUUAACCUUCCUAAUCCAGUUAAUCUGCAAUUUAAUUCAGCUGAUAUUGGACAAUCAGAUGAAAAGUUAAAUAAACCAGUUACAACAAUUAUCCUUGAUCCAAGUAGAUUGUCAUCUAAAUCAAUUGAUCAACUUAAUUAUAUUAAUUCACAAUCAAAUCAAUCCAAUUACAAUGAGCAGAAACCUUUACUAAUUAAUCAACAAUUAAUUACUUCAUUGGCUUCUUCAGUUGAUUCAAAUUACGAUGAUCAAAACAAUCAUGAUCAAUUUAAUAAUCUAAAUACUAAAUUGUCAAUUAAUGAUUAUAAUCAAUGCGAUAAUCUUAAUUGUCACUGUAAAUUAACCGGUCAACAAUUAACUCCAAUUUCAAUUAAUGAAGUUUAAUUUCCUUUCUCACAACAAUUAGUGUUGAAUCACAAGUC